UUUGAAGGCUGUAAACGACCAGCCCCAGGAUCGAAGUCGACACUGUUAUCCGUUUAUCGUUCGGUUUUUAGAAGGAAAGUCUGAUAAUUGCGCUUAUACUUUAAACUGUUUUAUUAAAACAUUCGUGAGUCAGAUGAUUGAUUCAUAAUUCAAAAUAAAAAAGUCAAUUAUAUUACGUCUUAUUUUAUUAGUCUAGUCGUAACUUAGUCAAUUACGUAACAUGGACUUGAGAAACGAAAUACUCAACUUAAAAACACUAUUCUAUACACACCUAGUACUCAUUUCUUGUACAUUGCUAGGCUCAUCAUGUGUGGCCGCUGGUAGUAUGGGUUCAUACAUGUUAUAUAAUUUGGUUUAUAUAUAUAUGUUCGGAAGUGGAAUACUGUUACAUGACAAACAUGAGCCUUUAGAAAUGGCAUUGGUUAUAAAUGUAAUUUCAGGAAUUCUUGAUUUAGUAUUGCUAGUUUCUUACCCUCCACCUAAAGUUGUGGCAAAAAUUAGUGGUAUACUCAACAUGGUAAUAAGAGUUGUUUCUCAUAUUGUACUUAACAAAGAAGCUAAAGCACGGCAAGACACCUAUUCCGAUGGACUCAUUGGAGGAGGGCUUUAUCAAAAUAUAGAUGAGAGUAUACCGAAUGCCUAAGCACUGCAUUACACGAGUAAUUUUUGUUGUGUUGCGUUUUUUCCACCAACUCUCUUACGAAUUAAUUAUAAUUAAAUUGUUUGUAUAUUAGAAAAUAAAAAUAUUUUUGUAAACUAUA